GGUCUCAAUGCCACUAUUUUUCUGCUUGCAAUCUACCAAAAAGCACUACCAGCAUUACCGAUAUCCAUUGCGUUUGGGAUGUUAUUUUAUUUUGUAUCCCGGUGGAUGUUGGUGCCAUAUGCACAAACACUUGG